AUCAGGGUUUGACGAUUUCCAUGAUAAUUUUUCUCGUCUUUUUUGUUUCCUUCUUCCCGUGAAUAUCCUCGAACUUUCUCGUGACCCCAGGGAAACAUUUCAUUACCACGCCUUUGCAAUUUCACCGACAAGAUGUGCGACGCGGCGCCGCGACUGAGAGGAUUGCUCGUCGCCCAGACAAGAAGGAACAUUAUCGCCGCUUCCGUAUGCAGCGUUGCUGCCGCUUUGGCCUUUCACCUUUUCUACGUCAGACCAAAGCACAAACGCAUACGGGACUAUUACUUGGAUUUUGACGCCGAAGCUAGCUUAGAAUCCAUGAAGGAAUACAUGCAGUCUUACACGAAAUGAUCCAGAGUGAUGUGAUUGAUCGACAACGAAAAAUGUAAUGUAAAGAAGGGCGUAUAUUAUUCGAUCAAGUAAAU